AUGUUUGUUCAAAGUAAUAAGUUGAGUUUAUUCAUUAUCUUCUCUGUUGUUAUUGGUAUUGUAUUAGGACAACAACAUCAACAACAACAACAACAACAACAGAAUCAUGAGGAACUUUUAUUUUGGUCAAAUAACGGUGUAGAUAGUUUAGAUGUAAAGGUUGCAUCACCUUCAUCGUUCACUGUGAAACAACCAGCGGGAUCAUCGAAUAAUAAGAUUCUCUGUUUACAUAGCUAUACUAUAAACAAUGUGGCGGACGAUGUCUUGUUGGCAAACGAUGCCGAAAUUCAAUCGAUAGAGAUCACCUACAAUCAACAUACAUCCAACAACAUCAUUACAGAGUCACCUGCGAGUAGAGCGAAUCUCUACUCUCGCUAUCCAUCGAUCGGUUCAGAGUCACCGUUGCUAUCGAUCGUUGUCGACUAUGUCGAUACCUCCAAGAAGGUGGUAACCGAACACUUCUCCACAGUGAAACAGAUGUCGUUGAACGAUACCGCCGAACUUUGCAAAUCGAUAGAGCCACUCAUUGGACAUCCACUUUUGCCACUCAACCAAUCACCACUUAGCAGUCUUGUCUAUAUGGGUUUGGUGCCACGCGAUCUUGCCGCGCCACUAUUUGUCGCCGGCGACCGACCAAGCCAACUUACAUCUAGCAACUCAAUCAAACAACGAUUCUUCCAACAACAAAUAGAUUUUACAUUGGGUGGAAUGAUGUCGUCACUCUCACUACUUGAAAAUCAACAACAACAACAACAACAACAACAACAGAAGCAACAACAACCAACUACAACUACUACUACCACCGCCAAUAGUAUCAAACCAAGUCGAAUCAGCUGGUCGUUAAGCUCCACAAAGUACAUCGGACGUACCAUCAAGUUGGUAAAGAAUCAAGUGACCGGUCAGAUCAAUAUACACUUUAAUGAGGUCAUUGAGAUUAGCGCAUCGAAUGUCGCCAUUGAAAGUUCCAGUAUCCUCCAAUCGGUAUCGACUGCAACCAACGGUCACAAGCAUACCGUCCAACUCUUUACAGGACUGACGGACAAUGUUGAAACACAUAACAAACAACAAGCAAACUUUACAGCUACAAUCAUAUCGAGAGAAGCGAGAAAACAAGGAUUCCAUCGUGAACUCUUCACCUCUAUUCAAUUGAAUUCGCUCAAUACAAACAAUGCAGGACAACACCAACAACAUUGUUCAAUUCUUUUGUUGGAACACUUUGACCAAGGUGCCUUUGUAGAUCGUUAUGAAGUAGAUGAACUCAAGCGUUUCGGUGGUCCGUCAGUCUAUCUCUAUCAAUUGAUCGACCUUGAGAAACCAUCCUAUACAUCGACACAAAACUUUGUAUCGGUAACCAAACCAAUCACCACUACAGAGUCAUCAAACAUCGACAUUACAUUACCAUUCCAUCUUAGAUAUCAAAAUCCUGGAACAACUAUCAAUAGAGUAUCGACUGUACUACCACCAGUAUUAUUUAUCUCAUGCUCAGACAACAGCAAUCAACAACAACAACAACCACCACACUGGGAAAGAAUUACAAUCACCAAAGAAGUUCCAACACUACACAUUGAAACACCAGUAGGUCAACUUGGUGUACGAUCAUUCGUCAUUGUAUUUACAUUGUUGGUUACCGUUGUAGGUUCACUGAUAGUGAUACUUGCAAUCGUAUACUCAAAUACAAAAGAUAGAUUUGCAUCAAAGAAUAAAUAA